ACCAUCCAGUCCUGAGUGUGUCUCUGUCUUCACCUCCCUCCUUUUCUUUAACUCUGCUACUGCUCUCCUCAUCUCUCCAGCUCCUCACCUCAUCUGCUGACCUCCAUCUGCAUUUGCAUGCUUCUCAGCCUUCUUCUCCACAAGAGCAAGUCACAUUUUCAAAACAUUUCCCUCUUUAAAAAGCAGUGCAAAAAAUAUUAGAGCAAAAUUACACAUCUCCGUUUGUUGAUAGCACUGCAACUUGAGAGCAAAACCAUGCCACAGCAGCUGUUUCUUCUGCCGGUGGUCUCCAUGUGGCUUUUGUCUGGGUACUUCCUAGCUGAAGCAACAUACUACAACCACCCCUCGUACAAUCGCCAUUUUUACAAUUACCGCAACCGCAUAUUCAACAUGGACAAUCUUCUGCCUCCAGAGGUACCACCAAAGCCCCGCAUCUUUCAUGGGAUCAUGUUUGAUGCCGGCAGCUCCGGCACCCGCAUCCACAUCUACAAGUUCAUUCAGAAGGACAGAACUGGGCUCCCGGUACUUGACAAUGAAAUGUAUAAUGCUGUGAAGCCUGGAUUGUCAGCAUAUAGAGAUAAUCCUGAAGAGGGCGGAGAGACCAUCAGACAGCUUCUGAAGGUGGCUAAAAAGACCAUCCCAAAAGAGGAAUGGUGGCAGACCCCUGUGUUACUGAAAGCUACUGCUGGCCUGCGGAUGAUGCCCGAGGAGAAAGCCCGGGCUCUGCUGGACGAGGUUAAACAAGUAUUUGAUGAAUCUCCUUUCUAUGUGCCAAGCAACAGUGUGACCCUCAUGAAUGGCACAAAUGAAGGAGUGCUGGCCUGGGUUACAGUGAAUUUCCUGACAGGUCAUUUGUAUGCCAAUACCAGGAGAACUGUAGGAAUCCUGGAUCUAGGUGGAGGUUCAACCCAGAUCACAUUUCUCCCAAAAUCCAAGAAAACAGUGGAGAGUGCUCCUCAUGAUUACAUUGCACAAUUUGACAUCUUCAACACCACUUACAAGCUUUACACCCACAGUUACCUUGGAAAUGGAGUUUUUGCAGCCCGACUGGCCACUCUUGGUGCACUUGGGGCAGAUGGUCUUGACUACAAGGUUUUCACAAGUUCUUGCCUACCUAAGAAGUUCAGAGAAGAUUGGACCUUUGGUGGAAUCACCUACAAAGUCAGUGGAAUUCCAGAUGGUUAUGCUGGAUAUAAAUUGUGCUAUCAUGAAGUGUUGCGUGUGGUGAAAGGGAUCAUACACCAGCCAUAUGAAGUCAAGGGAAACAGUGUCUUCUAUGCCUUCUCCUAUUACUUUGACAGAGCUGUGGAGUCUGGUCUUAUUGAUGGCUCCAGAGGUGGUUCUGUGGAGGUCAGAGAUUUCAAAAAGAGAGCCAAAGAAGUUUGCAACAAGAUGACUAAAUACCGUCCUAUCAACCCUUUCUUAUGCAUGGACAUGACCUACAUCACCGUCCUUCUAAAAGAGGGAUUUGGCUUUAAGGACAACACUGUUUUACAGCUUGCUAAAAAGGUGAACAAUUUUGAAACCAGCUGGGCCUUAGGGGCCACUUUCGAUUACUUUCACAACCUGAACAUUCACUAAAGCCUGCAGACUUCUUGGUGCCACUGGGUGGGUAAACACAGGGUCAGAGUGAGGAACCUCGCCUACGCCUCACACUCCUCACUGAGUUUAAGCGGCCCUGCACUGUAGUCACACUCUUCUAACUCCCUACCAUUCAAACACCUGGAGUUCUUUCUGCAACAAAAUGACCUGUAUUUCUGUAAAAAUGGCCAGGCCAACCUCAGACUCCUCAUGUUCCUACUGUAUGCUUAAUUAAGGAUUAGUUUAUUUUUGUAACUUGGGGGUUUACUUUUUUUUCCUGCUUUCGUUUCACUUGAGGCGUUGCCUGUCUACUUUGGCAGUCUUUGAGUUUGUGAUGGGUAGUGAGAUUUAAUACAACCAUUCACAGCUUUUUAAGGACCUUGCCUUAUGCUGUGUGCAAAAACUUUAUGCAAUGGGAAGGGGUGGGUGUGUGGGAUGGACACAUUUUGGAGAUAAAUUGGAACUCCUAGCAAGAAUUGCUUCAGAUCAGUUUCUGUGCGGUAACUAUCAUACAUUAUUAAACAUAAAUUUAUUUAAAUUGUAAAACUUCUUAAAAUUAUAUUGCAGUUCUAAAAAACAACAACUAAAAAUACUAAACUCUCUCAUUAUACAAUAUAUUUGUAGCAGUUUACUGUUGGUCGUGCUUGUAAUUAUUGGUGGAAAACAGGUCCAGAUGGGUAUAGAUGAAAAACAUCACUGAUUUUGGUCAAGUGCAUGAAUGCUGUUGUAUGAAUUUAUGUACGAGUGUAUUUAUGUAUGUCUGCUUGUAUGUUGAGAAGCUUUACCUUCAUGUUGGACUGGACCGUCUAGUGCUACAACAGAAAUCUUUUAGAUAUUUUGGACAUGUAACUACAAAAUUGAGAGAGCCAAAUUGUGAAAGCAUUACUGAUUUGUCUAUUCAUAUGAACUCAGGUUUCUACCUAAAUUACCCAAUCAUCUAGUGAUGUUAGUACACUGUUUGCAUUUGCCACAUUACAGAUACCCUGGCAUAUGAGUUGAACACUUUUGUUGGAAUGUGUUAAAGACAAAAGGUGUUUGGCUUAAUGCACUUAAUAUGCAACGUGUCAUUUGUGAAUUAUUGUAUAAAUAUUUAUUAUGUGUGGUUACCUGAAUGCAUAACCGUGCAUAUUCAACAUUGUUACUUUAUUUGUAUGUAUUACAUUAAUAUUUUAUUAUGCCUAUAUGUAUAUACACAUUACUCAAGACUGUAAAGAUCAACUAAUCAUCAAUAGUAUUAUUAUUCAUGUUUUAUGUGGCAGAAAUAAGUGUGAUUAUAUUAAAAAAGGUUAAUGAUUAGCUUUAUGCUUACUGACAAACACAGCAAAUGCUAUUAAUAUGCUUCAACCUGUUUCAGUCACUGUUGAUUAUGUACCCUGUGAAUUAAAAAAAUA